GUGAUUUGGUACACACUUAAAACUAAACACGGUGAGGCAUUUUUCAUUGAUACCUCACCUACUGAUGAGGUUCCUUCUGUUGCUAGUAGUUAUGCACCAUCUGUUGCUUGGUAGUUACGUAAUUUCUGAUAAGCAUAUGACUGCAGAAGGCGCUGUGGCUGCUGGAAUACCGAUUGUGCAAGAUGAGAAUGCCCAGCCGCAUACGCAAAGAAGAUUGCUGAGAAACCACAUGGGAAUCCCCAUCAUCGACAAGCAGGUAGAGACAUUUUAUCAGACACUGUUACAAAUAGCUUGACCCCUGACAGGGAAUUGCAUAAGCUACAUACUGACCAGACUGACAGGGAGGAUGCUAAAAAACAGUUUUUGGUUCAAUUUGGACAAGCUAUGCAACGACAGGAGCGGGAUGUGGUUACUGAUGUCAGCAAGCCGCCUCACAUUGCAUGUAGUGGGAUGGCAAGUGACUUUAACUCAGCUAUGACGACAGACAAUAGAAAAACUAGGGAUACUAACGUAGCAUUAUCAGCUUAUCACCCUGAUAAUGUUACACAGAAUCAUCAGUUGACAAAUUGGGUAGAACAUACACACCAACAUCAUAAUCAUACUAACAAUCUAGAUUCAGAAACCCAGAAUGCUCCUGUCACCUCAGAACUCAUGCAAAUUAGAAUGAAGCUGGAUGAGAAACGAAGAGCAAUUGAGUACGACAAGAAGCACAUGGAACGGCAACGAACUAAGCAAAGACAGCGAAUGGGAAAAGCCGCUUUUCUACAAGUUGUUGGCAAGAAGGAUGGAACAACAGAGAGUGACAAUAGAGGUAAAAUGGCUCCAAGACCACAGGUACAACCUGCGCAGGACGAAUCCUACAAUACAUCAUUGGAGAAAAUAAAUGCCAAUUUAUCACAGUUGCAGACUGAGUUGUUGCGGCUAUCACAACAGCAGGAGCAGAUGAAAGUAUCGCAGCAACAAGAACAUGUGAAAGUUGGGAGUUCACCACGAGAGCAACAAUCAAGAGAAUCUAACCAAACAUGGAUUAAUACACCACGAAGUGAGACUGAAACCCAAAGUGGAUUCUUUUUACAAUCGUCACCAAAUACCAAUAGAAAUUGGCAACAAGGUGAUUACUCAUUUUCCACAUCCCCAGCUCCAAAACCUGUUCCGGCAUUUGCGCCCAGUGCUGGUAUGACUUCGAGUAAUUACCAGCAAUCCCCGAGUGUGACUCCAAGUAAAUAUCAGCCAGCUCUCAAUGUCCUGCCAAGUAAAUUUCAACCGAUUAGUAACCCUAAUGUGACACCCGUUAGAUACCCAACUACUUCUAGUUCAUCUAAUGCUAGAAUUCCUGGAUUUGGUGGUAGCAUGACAUCAUCACCAGCACCUUCUAUUUCACCAUCUUUCAACACGCCGACUGCUUUCCAAUUCACUCCGUAUACUAACCAAACUUCUAGCCCAGUACCAUUUACGUUGGAAGAUCAGUCAGUAUCAUAUCAGCAAGGGACACCACCACCACAACAACAACAACAACAACAUACAGUACAGAUGACAACAAACAAGCAGCAAGUGAUUUCGCAGCCACAGGCCAUUGCACAGAUGCAAAGUAAGACUAUUGUUAAGACAUCAAAACAAAUUGGUCAGCAGUCUAGACCCGGUGAACCACCCCAGCCUUUUUUAUCACCACAAAUCUCGUCACAUCAGCAGUCACCACAAACUUAUUCACCAAUUGAGACAUCACUUGAGGAACUUGAAAAUCGGACAUUUACACCUCCACAACAGCUAUCUCCAAAAUCGGAAAUCUCUCAUCAACUCAGCCCCGGCAACCGUCACCAAUGCAAGUAACCAAACAGCAAUCACCACCGUCCCAGGUAACCAGGCAACCAUCAUCGCCAUCCCAAGUAACCAGGCAACCAUCACCACCAUCCCAGGUAACCAGGCAACCAUCACCACCACCCCAGAUAAUUAAACAAGUAUCCCCACCUGCCAAAGUUGUGAAAGCACCAUUGCCUGUCACCGUGACGUCAUCACCUCCAACUGAAAUAACAUCUCCACAUCAAGUGCAACAAGAGCUUUUGAACAAUACAGUU